AUGAACCCCACCGGCAACAUCACCGACAUGAACAUGGACUGGGCCGCGUACCUGACUGGUGUGGCACCAUGCCGCUUUCCGCCCUUUAGCCGCUCAGCAAAGAGCGAGACUGCGCCCAACCGCCAGCCAAUUGCAUCGACAACCCGGGUGCCUGUCGAGCAGGAGGAUCGCGAGAAGCUGCUAGAGCUGUCUAGAGCCGAAGACCGGGACGGGCUCGGUGCUGUGCUCCGAACGGCCUGGGCUGUGCUCCUGCGCUGCUACACAGGGCAGGACGACGUGACGUUUGGAUUUCAAGGUGACACACCUCAUCCCGUCGUUGCACGGUUCUGCCUUGAUGAUGCCGCGUCCGUCUCCGUGACCGUGGAACGUGCCAAGGCCGACUUUGCCAAGCAUCUGCCCCCGGUCCCGGCCGAGCUGAUCCGUGCCGGCGAUCACCCGCUGUUUGACACUUCCGUAGUGCUGUGGGGCCUACCCAGGUCUUCGGCACCGCGUCGUGUUAUGCCUCUGCAGCAGCAACCACAACAACACAAGCUCCGCCUCCUUGUCAAAGGCGGGGAGUCAAGCUUGAAUCUGUUCCUAGAGUGGAACAGUACGCUCUUGGGCAUGCCCAUGGCACAGGGCAACCUCAUCGCCAGCACCUAUGCCAAGAUCCUAUCGGCUCUCCUAGCGAGCCCUUUGGAUGCCACACUAGGUACGCUGCCCGUUCUGAGCCGGGCCAACGAAGACCAAGUACAGUCGUGGAACAACGAUGUGGUGAUCGACCCAGUGGACCGGUGUGUGCAUCAUGUCAUUGCCGACCAGGUGCUGGAUCGUCCGGAUGCAGAGGCCAUCUGCGCGUGGGACGGCUCGCUCACCUAUCGUGAACUUGACGCUGUGUCAGGUCGGCUGGCUGCACGCCUUGUUGGGUUGGGCGCAGGACCCGAAGUCCUGAUCCCACUUUGCUUCGAGAAAUCGAAAUGGACAGUGAUUGCCAUGGUUGCAGUCCUGAAGGCCGGUGCAGCCUUCGUUCCUUUGGACCCCUCUCAUCCCGUAGAGCGACUUCGGAGUCUCUGUGAUUCGGUGGGAGCAGACAUGGUCCUCUGCGCUCGUCAGCUGGUGCCAACUCUUACUCAGGUGGGGCUGGAGACAGUACUGCCUGUGGAUGACCAGACUCUUGUGGAAUGCCCCGAGUUGCCGUCUGAUCAGCCUGGUCAUUCUGUCAUGACCAAUGUGUCUAGCAGCAAUGUUGCCUAUGUCAUCUUCACAUCUGGCUCUACCGGCAAGCCCAAGGGUACCGUUAUCGAGCACCGAUCCUUCUGUUCCAGUGCCAGAUCUCAUGCUCCGGCGCUUCGAAUCGAUGGCACCUGUCGAGUGUUGCAGUUCGCAGCACAUACAUUUGAUGCUAGCCUGGUGGAGAUCCUGACACCACUCAUGGUUGGAGCAUGUGUUUGCAUUCCCAGCGAACAAGACCGGCUGAACGACCUCGCCGGGGCCAUGAGCCGGUUGCGAGUUGAUCAUGCCGUUUUGACACCAUCCUUUGUCGGUUUCCUUACCCCUGCUACCGUCCCUCAGCUUCGCAGGCUAGUUCUUGCUGGUGAGGCCAUGUCACCUACGCACGUCACAACGUGGUCUCACAUCGAGCUUGUCAAUGGUUACGGUCCGGCCGAGAGCUCCGUCGCUGCUGUUGUCAACCCUCGCGUCGGCCCUUCCACCGAGGCCACUGAUAUUGGCAUGCCUUGCGGUGUUCGUUGCUGGCUUGUCGACCCAACCGACCACACCCGUUUGGUGCCUGUCGGCUGUGUCGGUGAACUGCUCUUGGAGGGCCCGAGUUUGGCUCGAGGCUAUCUCAACGAGCCGACCAAGACUGAGGACAGCUUUGUCUGGAUGCAUGGUCGACGCUUCUACAAGACGGGCGACCUUGCGAGAUACAACUCGCCCAAGGGCUCUUUGAGCUAUGUCGGUCGCAAAGACACACAGAUCAAGUUCCACGGCCAACGUAUCGAACUGGGAGAGAUCGAACACCACCUGGCCGUCGAUGAAAGCGUGAAGCAUGCCCUAGUCCUCUUGCCCAAGCAGGGGCCAUUGGCCAAGCGCCUGAUUGCGAUUCUUUCCCUUCCGGACUCUGUCGGGUCUACCACCACAAGCUCCACUGGUGCUUCAGUGUUGAGGCUGACUGAGAACUCUACCCUGACUGAGCCUAUUCUUCAGGGCAUCCGUGAGCGACUGGGCACCCGCCUCCCAGCUUACAUGGUGCCCUCCACUUGGCUAUGCGUCGAUGAAAUUCCGAUGUUAUCGUCGCGAAAGAUGGACCGCAAGACCGUGUCGACCUGGGUUGAAUCAACCCUCACCAACGACCAGUGCCAGCAAAUUAUCAUCAGACAACAGGUUGCGUCCAACACCGACUCUGUCGAUGCUGACGGCAAGGGUUCCGACAAUACCCCUAGCGAUGCCAACCUCACAGACGCCGAGUCCAAGCUCCGUGGUAUCUGGAGUUUGGUGCUGAAUCUUCCUGCUGAUCAGAUUGAUGUCGACAACCGGAGCUUCCUCAGCCUUGGUGGCGAUUCCAUCACUGCGAUGGCGUGUGCAAGCCAGGCCAAGAAGGCAAACAUGGGACUGUUGGUGCAAGACAUACUCCGUGCCAAGUCUCUGAGACGACUGGCCGAAUGUGUCAGAGUCCUUGCAGAGCCGGAAGGACAUGAGGCUGAAGACAAAGAAGAGGAACUAGCUCUCAACAAGCGGUUUCCGCUCUCACCCAUUCAGCAGUACCACUUUCAGGCUCGCCGGCAAGCCGAGGGCGAUGAGCACUUCAAUCAGAGCUUCUGCCUCCGACUUGCGCGGCCCCUCGAUGAGGCUGUGGUACGGAAUGCCCUCAGAACUGUAGUUCAUCGGCAUCACAUGCUGAGGGCGCGCUUCGAACAAAGCCCGGAGACUGGCGAGUGGCAACAGUACAUCACCGCCGAUGUGGAGGGCUCUUACCGCCUUCGCAUGCAUAGCAGGAUCUUAAUUGCUGGUGAAGCCGAUGCAAGCAUUGCUAGCGCCCAAGGUUGCCUCAAUGUCCGUCAAGGUCCACUCAUCGCAGCCGAGUUGUUUGUAGCUCAAGGUCGCGAUGAUGGACACCAGGUACUCUUCAUGACAGCACAUCACUUAGUCAUUGAUCUGGUGUCUUGGAGAGUGGUACUAGAGGAGGUAGAGGAGAUUUUGGACAACAAGGCCUCCGUUAUCCACAGAUCCCUCCCAUUCAGAAAGUGGAGUGCUCUUCAAGCAAGCGACUGUCAAGUCAAGGAUCUUAACAAGCUGCUCCCGGGAUCCGAUCAGGUCCCUCCAGCACGCUUCGAGUAUUGGGGUAUGCAAGAGCGCCCAAACUUGUACGGUGAUGUGGCCUGUGAGGGCUUCGAGCUUGAUCCAAAUACAACGGGCCUUUUGCUGUCAGAUCAGUGUCAAGCACCUCUUCGAACAGAGACAGUGGAGCUUCUCCUGGCAGCCCUUCUCUGGUCCUUCCGCACAGUCUUCACAGACCGCCCCAUGCCAGCCAUCUUUAAUGAGGGACACGGCCGUGAGCCUCCCCGACCAGAGAUUGACAUCUCUCGUACUGUUGGCUGGUUCACCACGCUAUUUCCCGUGGCCUUGUCACGGCCCAACAGCUUCGUGGAUGCCCUUAUCCAAACCAAGGACUCUCGGCGCAAGGUGCCGGGCAACGGUCGUCCCUAUUUUGCGGCACGAUUCCACACCAACGGUGGACGUGAGCGAUGGGCUACUCAUCACAAGGACAUGGAAAUCUCGUUCAACUUCCUGGGUCGAUACCAGCAGCUCGAGCGUGCUGGUGCUUUGUUCCAGCCUGCCUCGGGUGCCCUCAUGGCCGGUGAAGCACAUCCGGGCAGCCCAACAGCUGACUUUGGCCACAUGGCUCUUCGAUUCUCCCUCUUCGAAAUCUCGGCCGUCAUAGUGCGCGGUGCUCUGCGAUUCGGCUUUGCUUGGAACCGCCAUAUGCUCCACCAGUCGUUGAUCCACGAUUGGGUUGCUGCCUGUCGCCAGACCUUGAUUGAUGCCACAAGGGCCCUUUCCUCGCUCAGAUAUCGCCUCACGGCUAGCGAUCUUGCGCUUAUCCCCGAGCUGAAGCCCGCCGACCUUGCUACCUUUGAGGAAAGUCGCCUCCCCGGACUGACAGGAGGUCGAGGAUGGGAAGCUGUCGAGGACAUCUAUCCGGCCUCACCCAUCCAGCAAGGUCUCUUGAUGAGUCGAACCAAAGACGGAGACUUCUAUGCUGUCCGGCGAGUGCUCCGCUUCAAGCCGCAUACAGACCUUCCCUUGAGCGCGGAUAGGCUUGUGCAAGCCUGGAAGGGUGUUGUGCAACAUCAUGCGCUGCUUCGAACCGUCUUCAUUGACGCGAUCAGCUCUGUGCGGGCUGGCGGCUAUGACCAGGUGGUGCUCAAGGAUGUCGAGCCUUCGAUACAGCUGCGGGAAUGUCUGAAUGACAACGAGAUGCUGGCAAUGGCCAAAAGCCUGCAGCCCAUGAAAUACCAGGAUAAUAAUGCCACCCAGCACCGCUUCUCAGUCUUCCAUACCGCCGAACCCAGCAAUGGCAUCAUCUGUGUUUUGGAGAUGAGCCACACGGUGAUGGAUGGUGCAUCCAUGGACCUUUUGCUCCGCGACCUUGGCCGUAGCUACGAAGGGACUCUGAAUGGGUUCCCGAAGCCACUCUUCAGCCCUUUUGUUUUCAGCCUUCAGCAGCGUGAUUUGGAUGAAGACAUGGCUUUCUGGAAACAUCAUCUCGAAGGUGCCGAGCCCUGUCACUUUCCAGUUUUAACCGAUGGUCUCGUCAUCCCGGACCACCAGAAGGAGCUUCGUUCGCUUCGCAUCUCAUUCCCUGAGCUCAGCUCCUUGCGAUCAUUUUGCCAAGAGACUGGAGUCACUCUGCCAAACGCUUUCCAUGCCGCAUGGGCAGUUACGCUGGCCCGUUAUACCGGCACCGAUGAUGUUUGUUUCGGUUAUCUUGUUUCCGGCCGUGACGGCGAGCACGUCGAGGGCUCGGAAGACGCAGUCGGGCCUUUCAUCAACAUGGCCACUCAGAGGGUGAAACUCGAGUCAUCUGACGAUGCCCCUAUGUCUUUGAUGAGCCUUCUUGAGGCAGUGCAAAAGGAGCAGCUUGAAAGUAUGCCAUACUCUCAGGCAUCUCUGGCUGAAGUUCAGCAUGCACUGCAUCUUCCCGGUGGGAUGGCACUGUUCAAUACGUGCAUCUCGUAUCGCCGACUUCUCCAACACACAGCCGAGACCAAGCCAGGAUCACUUGUUUGGGAGGAUGUCGAAGCUAUCCAUGACCCUACAGAGUAUCCAAUUUCGGUCAAUGUUGAGGUUGACGAUGAUGGCUGGGCUGCCAUUGACAUUGACUACUGGACAGACUCGGUCAUCGACGCUCAGGCGCAGAAUGUGGCUGCAACCUUCCUCCAAGUUUUGGCCAACAUCGUCAAGCACGCAGAACAGCCCAUCUCGCAGCUCGAUUUCGUCCACGACACUAGCAAGGAGCUCAUUUGGGCAUGGAACAAGAACAUGCCACCGAACACAGCGGAAUGUGUGCACCGCAUGGUGGAGAAACAAGUUGCUCUUCGACCCAAUUCACCAGCCGUUCGCGGAUGGGAUGGUGACUUCACCUAUCAGGAAAUGAACACUCUGGCCAAUCGCCUUGCUGAGCAUCUUCGAGCCUUUGGUGUCGGGCCAGAAGUUUUGGUGCCUGUCUGCUUUGAUAAGUCAUCGUGGACCGUCAUUGCCAUGCUUGCCGUCUUGAAAGCAGGCGGAGGCGUUGUUCCCCUCGACGCUACUCACCCCGCCAAUGCAUUGGAGGGCAAGGUCCUUGACGCGGGUGCCAUCAUCGUCGUUGCUUCAGAGACACGUGCCUCCAUGUUUGAGACGAUGGUACCGUACGUGGUGGCAGUAGGAGCAGAGAUGAUGCAGAGUCUCGAGGAUCUUGUUGUCGAAGACGACCACACCGAGUCCUCACCAGAAGAUGCAGCAUUUGUUAUGUUUACUUCCGGAAGCACCGGAAAACCGAAGGGUGUAAUUCUUUGUCAUCAAGCGCUCGUCUCCAGCGCCCUCGCACACGGAUCAGCGCUAGGUUUGGGGCCACAUACACGUUUCCUGCAGUUUGCAGCUCACACUUUCGACAACAGUCUGGAAGAGAUGUUCACCAACCUCAUCCAUGGUGGCUGCGUUUGCGUUCCUUCGGAAGAAGACAGACUCGGGGACCUCCCGGGCGCCAUCAGGAGGCUUGAUGCCAACUUUAUGGAUCUGACGCCCACCGUGGCGGCAUUGCUCCGGCCCGAGCAGGUGCCGAGCAUUCGUGGUAUGGCUGUUGGAGGGGAGGCUCUGACACAGGAGGUUCUCAAUAUCUGGGGCGGCGCGAUCCCUGUGCACAAUCAGUACGGGCCCAGUGAAUGCUCCAUCAACUCGACACACCGUCUCCACAUUGACGCCAAUGGUGAUGUUGCGAAUAUUGGCACCAGCGUUGGCAGCGUUUCGUGGGUGGUGGACCCUCGCGACCACAAUCGAUUGGUACCCAUUGGCUGCGCUGGCGAGUUGUUGAUUGAGGGGCCCAUCCUGGCCAGAGGUUAUCUCGAGAUGCCCGCCGAAACGGCGAGGGUGUUUGUGGAGAUGCCUCACUGGGCUGCCCUGGACCCGUAUCACUCAGAGAGAGGCGCCAGGAGGAUGUACAAGACGGGAGACUUGGUCAGGUAUAACUCGGAUGGCUCGCUAAUUUAUUUAGGUCGAAAGGAUACCCAGGUCAAGCUGCACGGGCAGCGUAUCGAACUCGGCGAAAUCGAACACCACGUGAAGGCGUGCCUUCCAGAAACCUCCCAAUCCUCUGUCGAGCUCAUUUCAGUCGGACAAUCUCAGAAGGCUCUUGGCGCCUUCAUCUGUCUGACCCAGGAGGAUCAGUCAGAUGAAAAGAUUGCUAUUUUUCCCAUGACCGCCACUUUCCGAUCCCUUGCCCAGACCAUUGUCGACUCCAUCUCCACCAAGAUGGCCGCUUAUAUGGUACCAUCUGUUUUCAUCCCCGUCACCAAGAUGCCCCUGACGUCCUCUGGAAAACUCGACCGAAAACGACUACGCAACAUGGCACAGGCGCAGUUCGAGAAACUCGACAAAGACGACCCCAACGGUAUCACGGCCUACCGACUCGGGGCGAAGAAGAGUGGUGGGCGGGCUCCUGAAACCGCCAUGGAAAAAGAACUUCAGCAGCUGUGGUCGACCGUUCUUAAUGUUGAUCUUGAAGCCAUUGGCGCCGACGACAGUUUCUUCCGUCACGGUGGUGACUCGGUCGGAGCUAUGCGUCUCGCAACGGCUGCACGACAGAGGGGUCUCGUUCUCGCGGUUGCCACCAUAUUCCAAACCCCAAAGCUCUCUGAAAUGGCGAAGGAUAUGAAGACAAGCGAGUCUCACAAGUUCGGAUCGUUGAACGAGGCAGUCAACAACGAAAGCACUGUCGAUUAUCUGCCCGGGCCAACCAAGGCGUUCAGCCUCAUUGCUUCAAAGGCUCCGCAGGACAUUGAGGCUUUGCGCCAACAAGUAGCCUCGUUAUGUCGGGUCAGUCCUGAAGUCGUGGAGGAUAUCUACCCCUGCACGCCACUCCAAGCAGGCCUUGUCGCAGCUUCACAAAGACAGCCCGGAGCAUACGUUGCUGUCAAUGCAUACAAGCUGCCGGCCGGGACAAACUUGGAGCGAUUCAAGCAAGCGUGGGCAAAGGUCGUUGCGUCCGAGUCCAUCCUCCGUACAAGAGUUGUCUUUGUAGAAGAUCUCGGCUUCUUGCAGGUUGUUGUUCAAAGCCCAAUCUCCUGGACCACUCUGAAGGACAUCAAUAACCUCCCCAAAACCUCCCGCCACCUUCCACCACACGAUGGCGGUAUCCUGUCUCGCUACGCCAUCGCGGGAGAGGAAAGCGAUUCCCCGACUUUUGUAUGGACCGCUCACCAUGCUCUGUAUGAUGGAUGGAGCUUGCCAACGUUGUUGGGCCGCGUCGAGCAUCAGUACCACCACCCCGAGGCCCCUCUGGCGCCAGUGCCAAACUAUUCACGCUUCGUCGAAUACCUGUCCAACAGCGAUACAGUCACCUCGGAUGCGUUUUGGAUCGAAGCUCUCUCCGGUUCUACAGCUCAGCAAUUCCCUCCACUGCCACGCCCGGGUUACGACGUAAAAGCCACCAGCCAAGCGCGGCGAUCAGUGCGGUUCACCCGUCCAAAAGGGACCGAAGUGACAAUGGCGUCUCUGUUACGAGCAGCAUGGGCGGUUGUGGUGUCCAUCUACUCUUCGUCAGAGGAUGUCACAUUCGGUGAAGUGUUGAACGGACGUGAUGUUCCUGUGGCUGGCAUUGAAGACCUCGUGGGCCCAACCUUGACAUCAGUUCCCAGGCGCAUCCGCAUCGACCGAUCGCUCAGCGUGCAAGAAAUGCUGCUUGAGGUCCAAAGACAACUGAACGGUGCCAUCCCCCACCAGUUUGCCGGACUGCAGCGGAUCCGAACACUCAGUCCAACUGCUGCUGCUGCAUGCGACUUCCAAAACCUCCUUGUUAUCGACACAGCUGAAGAGGUGGCGGAAGAUAGCCUCUGGAACAACCUUGCCGGCGGAGGGUCGAAGCAAGGUGCGGACUUCUUUAGUUAUCCGCUCAACGUGACGUGCACUGUCGGCUCUGGGGGUGCCUCAAACGACAGCACCAUCGAGUUGUGUGCUUAUUUCGAUGCUGGCAUCUUGGCCGAGUGGCAGGUGGUCCGGAUGCUGGGCCAGUUUGGAACUGUGCUGGAGCGACUGUCUUCGAUAGACAAUCAGACAACAAGAAUCGGGGAGAUCGAUCUGAUGGGUGCUGAAGAUAAGGAAAGGGUACGGGAGUGGAAUCAGACUCCGAGUCCGGUUGUGGAUCGUCGCGUGCAUGACAUGGUGCUCGAGGAACUGAUUCGGCGGGGUAGCGGAUCGACAGCCGUGGUAGGAUGGGAUGGAACCUUGUCGAAUGGAGAUCUCGACGCGCUCUCGGCGGUGCUGGCAAGGGAGCUAUCGUCAAAGGGAGUCGGGCGUGGUGAUGGCACUCGCUUCGUUCCCUUCUGUCUCGAGAAGUCGGUGUUUGCCGUGGUUGCACUGCUGGCCAUCCUCAGGACAGGAGCAGCCUUUGUGCCACUGGACCCAGCCCACCCAGUCGAGCGCAUGAGGGAGAUUGCAAGAGACUGCGACGCCAAACUUAUUCUGUGCUCCCCGCAGUUUGAGAGCACCUGCCUCCAGGUUGUCGACACCAUCGUUCCUGCCGAUCUGGCUAGUGUCAAGAGUCUGCUCGCGGCCACCACGGAAAGUAUCAAGGACAGCUUCAGCUCCACGAUGUCUCUGUCCCAACCGACCCGGCCUAUGUCAUCUUCACCUCGGGCACAACGGGCAAGCCCAAGGGCACCCUCAGUAUGUUUUCUUCAUUUUUCAUCUUCAUCUUUGCUGUCUCUCGUACUGACCGCUGCUCUCUUCCCGUUAUCCUUAGUUUCCCAUGCCGCCUUCUGCUCAGGUGCCGCUGCCCAUGGGCCAGCCAUGCUCAUGAACCCUCCCUUCCGCUUCCUCCAGUUUGCAUCUUACACCUUCGAUGCCUCGAUGGUUGAGAUCUUCACCACUCUCAUCAUGGGUGGUAGUGUGGCCGUUCCUCGUGGGGAAGACCGCACCAACGGCAACAUUGCUUCUGUCAUGGAACAGAUGGAAGUGACCAUGACCUUGCUCACUCCCUCCUUUGCCCGUGUCCUGAAGCCCAGUGAUGUUCCUCACCUCAAGACACUGAUCCUGGGUGGUGAGGCCAUGACGCAAAGCCAUAUUGACACCUGGGCUGACAAGGUCAACUUGGUCAACGCCUACGGCCCGAGCGAGUGUGCCGUGGUGGCUACCGUGAAUCCCCUCAUGCACCGCGCAGCCAUCCCGUCCAAUCUCGGAAGAGGAAUUGGUCGUUGCUGGAUUGUUGACCCCCAGAACCAUAAUCGCCUCGCACCACUUGGAUCCGUUGGUGAGCUGCUCAUCGAGGGUCCCACACUGUCGACCGGUUAUUUGAGAAACGAGGUCAAGACCAAGGAGGUGUUUAUCGAAGAUCCUCAAUGGGCCAAGGCGGAGUCUCUGCGCUUCCCAGACAUGCCACCAUCUUCUCCGCGCCGCAUGUACAAGACCGGAGACCUUGUUCGCGUGUGCGACGAUGUGUCUGGCGAGAUGUUUUACAUGGGACGCAAGGACUCGUCUCAAGCCAAGCUCAACGGCCAGCGCCUGGAGUUGGACGAGAUUGUUCACCAUCUAGCUGCUGAUGAUGGCAUCCGACAUGCUGUGGUCACUAUCCCCAAAACAGGUGCAUGUGCCAACAGACUUGUUGCUGUUGUCUCUCUUCGAUCAGCUCCCCCGGAGGCUGUGGACCCGACUAUCAAGUUCCAUAUGGUGACGUCCAGGCAGGCGUGCGACGCCGUCAAGCAAUCAGAAGACCGAUUACGACAGAAGCUGCCACCGUACAUGGUGCCUUCAACAUGGCUUGUCCUUCAAGAAAUACCGCUUCUGCCGUCUGGAAAACUUGACCGCACCAGUGUCGUCCGGUUUGUGGAAAAUAUUGACGAGGAGACUCUGGACACAAUCAACCGCGCCGUCUCGUCUGCUGUCGACUCAGUUCACCAAGGUCACUCUGCCACACAGGAUGAUGUUGUUUCUGUGGAAGAGAAGCUCAAGUCUGUCUGGAGCCAGGUGCUCAAUAUCACACCAGACAGAGUUGGACGCAAUGUCUCCUUCCUGCACCUUGGAGGUGACAGCAUCACCGCAAUGCAAGUCAUGGCUCGCUGUAGAUCACUGGGCCUCACUGUCACUGUGCGGGACAUCAUCAGCAGCAAAUCGGUCCAUGACCUCGCCCUGAAGGUUGACGCCCCUCGCCAUCAACGACAAGGCCCGAAGGCCAACGGCGAGGACCAACACGACUUUGACCCAUCGCCGAUCCAACAGCUGUACUUCGAACAGCUGAUGGGUGGCAAUGCCCCAUCUGCUGGAUCUCGGAACUUCCACCAGUUCAACCAAAGUGUUCUUCUGAGGCUCGCAAAACACGCUACCGCUCAUGAUCUCGAGCGUGCCAUCCAGGCCUUGAUCACAACACAUUCGAUGCUCCGCGCUCGGUUCCGUCGCGGGGGCACGGGACACUGGCGGCAGCGCAUCACAACUGAUGUCAGGGGCUCAUAUCGCUUCAAGACACACGCCAUUAGCGACCAAAGUCGAAUCGAGAAACGUGUUCAGAAUUCUCAAAAGGCGCUCGAUAUCCAAAACGGUCCCUUGUUGGCAGCAGACUGGCUCACGGUCGGCAAAAGCGACAAAGAUGUGUUCGUCUUCAUCACGAUCCACCAUCUCGUGGUCGACGUUGUCUCGUGGGGCAUCAUUCUCCAGGACCUGGAAGACUUCCUAGCCACUGGGAAAAUCAUGGCCCCUGCGUCACUGUCUUUCCAGACAUGGAGCCGUAAGCAGUCUGAGCAGGCCCAGUCGCAAAAGAAUGGCUCCUCGUUGCUUCCGCACCACGAGCCUGCAGCCGAGGACCUGCAGUACUGGGGAAUGAUUGGUACCUCGAACGUUCAAGGCGAUGUUGUUGAGGGUGCUAUUGUUGAGUUGGACGCAAACACAACUAAUCUGCUGCUUGGGCCGGAUUGCCACAAGCCCCUCCAAACUGAGCUGGUUGACGUUUUGCUUGCAGCCUUGUUGGUUUCAUACCGCAGCGCAACACCUGACCGGCAAGGUGCACCCACGAUUUAUAAUGAAGGACACGGACGUGAGACGGGGGAUGACACAGUUGAUCUAUCAAGAACUGUUGGAUGGUUCACAACUCUAUCGCCAGUGCACCUGCCAGAAGAGUCUUCCUUGGGUAAGACAACAUGUGCCUGUUCUGUUUUGGGACAUCAUACUAAUCUCACUGUAUUUCUCAUAGAUGGAGAUAUCGUCAACGCGAUUCGCUGGAUCAAAGACUAUCGACGUCGUUUGCCCGAGAAGGGUCGCCCAUACUUUGCUUACCGCAUGCUCACCUCGGAAGGCCGCGAAAAGUACGGUCACCAGUGGCCCGUAGAAGUGGCCUUCAACUACCUCGGGCAGAUGCAGCAGCUCAGCCGUACUGACAACUUCCUGCAAUCCUGCGAUCAUCUCUCAGUGAACUCGGAAUCUGAUAUCGGGAAAGACGUUCCCCGUUUGGCACUCAUUGAUGUGUCUGCAGUUGUCUCAGCAGGGCGUUUGAGGCUGUCGUUCUCGAUCAACAAACACAUGAAACGCCGGGAUGCCAUCAACACGUGGGCGAAGAACUGCCAAGGUCUUCUUCGAGAGGCCGCCGAAAGAUUGAUGGAUCGUGCACCCGAGAAAACUCUCAGCGCAUUCCCACUGUUGCCCCUAACCUACUACGGCCUGGAAAGUCUCAACGAGAGACUGCGGUCUAUCGAGGUCAACCCCAGCAAUGUUGAGGACGUCUACCCCUGUUCGCCGAUGCAGCGCGGCCUGUUGUUGAGUCAGCUUCGUGACCCAGAAAAGUAUGCCUACAGCGCCGUUUUUGAGGUUCAGUCUUCCGCGGGAGAGGUCAACCCGGAACGGCUGCACGAUGCUUGGCAAGUUGUUGUCCAACGCCACGCAACUCUCCGGACGGUGUUUGUGGAUACUGUCGGUGAUGAGGGUUUGAUGGACCAGGUCGUAUUGCGCGAGUUCCCCGGCAGGGUUUAUACCAUGACCUGCGAGGACGCUGGUCAAGACGCUGACAAGGCCAUUGUUUUCUGUCUGGAGCAGAUUCAGGGCAUCGACUACAACGAAAAGAAGCCAUCGCACCGCCUCAUAAUCUGCAACACGGCUAAUGGACGGACCUUUUGCAGACUCGAGAUCAGCCAUGCGAUCUGCGACGGUUCUUCGAUACCAAUACUGCUCGAUGACCUGGCGGAUGCUUACGGUGAUGGGGACGAUUCAAAACCCAUCAAGAUCCAAAAGUCUGCACCGCUUUAUCGCGACUACAUGGCUUACAUCCAGUCUCAACCUCGUGCCGACAGCGUUGCUUACUGGAAGAACUAUCUCGACGGCGUUGAGCCUUGUCUGUUUCCCGCUCUCUCGGACGGCCACGCUCAUACAGAGCCAUCACUUGGGUCUCACAUCAUAUGCUUUGACCGCCAAGUCAUGGGUGAAGUCAACACAUACUGUGCUGACUCGGGAAUCACACUCUCGACACUGCUUCAAUUUGUAUGGGCCAUGGUUGUGCGAUCCUACACGGGUUCGGAUGAUGUCCUCUUUGGCUACUUGGCAUCUGGAAGAGACCUCCCUGUGGCCAACAUCGAGCAUGCUGUUGGCGCCUUCAUCAAUAUGCUCGUGUGUCGUGUCCACAUUCCCUCUGAUGCCGAAAUUGCUGAAGCUUUAGACACCAUCAAGGGUGACCUCGCGGAUGCCAUGGCACACCAGAGCUGCUCCCUUGCCGAAAUGCAGCAUGAACUGCGACUCGCCGGCUCGGCCCUUUUCAACACGGCUUUUACCUACCAGAAGCGAGGCCGUGCGCAGUCUUCUUCUUCGCAGUCCGAUCUCCGGUACCGCGUCGUGAGUUCGGAAGACCCAAGCGAAUAUGUUGUGGCCGUCAACGUCGAGGCCACGGACGACAAGGUCGAGGUUCACUUCAGCCACUGGAGAAAUAUCAUUUCGGACGCUCAGAUCAGAAACGUUGCCAACGCCUUCCAGCAGACUCUGUGCGAUAUCGUCACAGAUAAAGGGGAUGACUGCACUGUGGCUGAGAUUGACAUGGUCGGCCCAGCCGGGCUCAGCCAGAUCUGGUCGUGGAACAACUAUGAGCUACCGUGUGUGGAGCGGUGUGUACACGACAUCAUAUCGGAGCACGCUCUUCGACGUCCUUUAGACACCCCUGCUGUUUGUGGGUGGGAUACAUCCUUCACCUAUGUCGAACUCGAGGCUGCAGCAUCAGCCUUGGCCCGCCAUCUCGUUGAAUGGGGACAUGUUGGCCCAGACACCUUCGUGCCGCUCUGUUUCGAGAAAUCUGCCUGGACUGUUGUGGCUCAAAUUGCCGUUCUCAAGGCUGGCGGUGCGUUUGUGAAUCUGGAUCCCAGUCACCCAAGCGGCCGGCUCGAGCAGCUCAUCCAGGAUGUCGGGGCUCAAAUCGUCCUCUGCUCCCCUCUGCAUCAGGAGAAGAUGGCCAAGAUUGCACCAAAGACCCUCAUCGUCAAUGCCGAUUCCAUCACUACUUUCUCUCAGGAGCGGUCAGGGGCAACUUCUUUCCCAGCGAGGCCAACCAACGCCGCCUAUGUCAUCUUCACAUCCGGCACGACGGGCAAACCAAAGGGCACAGUGAUUGAUCAUGGAGCAUUCUGUACGGGGGCUCUCGCUCAUGCUCGUGCCAUGUUCAUGCACUCAGACUCGCGCGUCCUUCAGUUUGCUUCCUACACAUUCGAUGCAAGCGUCAUGGAAACACUUUCUUGCCUGCUCGUUGGCGGUUGCGUGUGUGUCCCGUCAGAUGAGGCCAGGAUCAAUGAUCUUGCAGCUGUGAUCCGUGACAUGAACAUCACCUGGACCUUGCUCACGCCAUCAGUGGCGAGCACCGUCAAGCCAGAAAGUGUUCCUUGCCUAAGGACACUUGUCACGGGAGGCGAAGCGAUGGCAGCGGGUCAUAUUGAGCGCUGGGGUACCCAAUGCGCACUGGUCAACGCCUACGGUCCUACAGAGUGCUCAGUGGUGGCCACUACCAGCACCAAAGUCGAUGAGUCGCAUCGCGUAUGCAAUGCCGAUCGGUCCAGUAUUGGCAGUGCGGUAGGUGGUCGUGUCUGGGUUGUGGACCCCCAAAACAUCCACCGCCUGGUGCCUGUGGGUGCCAUUGGUGAGCUUGUGGUUGAGGGAAGACUGGUCGCUCGAGGCUAUCUCAACAACAAAGAGCAGACAGACAAGGCGUUCAUCCGAUCACCCCCCGAAUGGAUGAGCCACCCGGUCCUUGAAGGCAUCGAACAGACCUAUCCGCCAGGUCUCACUGUUGGUAUCUACAAGACCGGCGAUCUCGUGCGAUGCAACUCGGACGGAUCCAUCUCCUACGUGUCUCGAAAGGACACACAGAUAAAGUUGAACGGAAGACGCAUUGAGCUUGGCGAGAUCGAAUCUAACUGCUUGGCGGGCCUUCCAGCGGACUCACAGCUCGCUGUCGAUAUCGUCACUCCUGCCAGCAGCCGGGCCGCAACAAAGUCACUGGCUGUCUUCUUCUGCUGCAAGGUUGUGGAAGAGGCUGCCGAUACACCUGCUGGGUUCUGCCUCCUCCCCAUGAGUGACCCACUCCGUCAGGUUGCCCAAGCCCUCAAGACUCACCUCAUCGCCGUCAUUCCUGCCUAUAUGGUCCCACAGCUCUUUGUGCCUGUAUCUGGAAUGCCCUGGACCAGUGCAGGGAAGCUUGAUCGUAGACAACUGCGUCGAGCCAUCGAGGAAGAUGUCAGCAGAGAGCUUUUGGCCGGCUACAGGUUGUCUGCCGCUGCUGCCACCAGCAAGCGCCGCGAACCAGCCAGCGAGGUUGAGAAGAAGUUGCAAGGUUUGUGGGAAACCGUGCUGGGGCUGCCGAGUGGUUCUGUGAGCCUUGACGAUAGCUUCUUUGGUUCUGGCGGCGACUCCCUCACUGCCAUGCGUAAUUUGGGCUCACGCGCCCACAAAAUGGUUUUGUCUAUCUUGGAUGUAUUUGAGAAGCCCACCCUCGCCGAGAUGGCACUCGCUUGUGUUCGGGAACAAAACACGACAACGUCAGUUCAGCAAGCACUUCAGCCAUUCGACCUCGUGCCCUGCCCCAAGACGAAGCUCGAUACCCUUCUCCAUGAGGUGUCUUCCCGUUGCCAUAUGGACCGCCAAAUGAUCCAAGACAUAUACCCAUGCAGUCCAUUGCAAGAAGGACUUGUUGCUCUUGCCAACAAACAAGAGGGUGCAUACGUGGCCGUCAAUACUCUACAGCUUCCACACAACGUUGAUAUGGAUUGCUUCAAGGCAGCUUGGCAGAAGGUUAUCGACGACACGGAUCUCCUACGAACUCGGAUAGUCCACACAGCCACUUCCGGGUUUCUGCAGGUGGUCACCGCACCUCAGCCUGUCGUCUGGCAUCAAGAUGGCCACCUAGACGAGGCUGACUUGCGAGGCAAGGCAUUGGGGCAUCAAAACGGUGGCGAGCUCACUAGGUAUUCUUUUGUGAAGCACGGCGACGCUUGCCACUUUAUCUGGGCUAUCCACCACGCUCUUUACGAUGGAUGGAGUCUCCCUCUCAUUGCCCAACGAGUCCAAGAGACUUACCACCAACUUCAAAUGUCCGAAAGAGCCAAAUUCUCCUUGCCCGACGAACCCAAUAGCCAUGCUCGCUACGCCAGUUUCAUCCAGUAUUUGGGUCAGCGCGAUGUUUCUGCCUCGGAGAUGUUCUGGACCAACCUCCUUGAUGGCGCAUCGUCGGUUACACAUUUCCCGCAACUCCCUGCAACUGUGGCAUCUAUGAAUACUACGACGAAGAAAUUCCGGGCAGAGACAUGCAAGCUCAAUCUCGGCCGAGCACAGGUUCUUGCAGACAUCACAAUCCCCACCCUGAUUCGGGCGGCUUGGGCCAUCACCCUCGGCGCUUACACUGGGACUGAAGAUGUAAUCUUUGGUGAGACGUUGUCUGGUCGCAAUAUCGACCUACCCGGCGUCAUGGAGAUGCCAGGACCCACCUUCACAACAGUCCCCACAAGAGUUCGGCUAUCACGAGAUAUUCCCGUAGUCCAAUUACUACGCAACAUCCAGGCGCUGACAAGCCGGUUGGCCCCUCACCAACAUCUGGGACUGCAGCAUAUCAAGAAGCUUAACCAAGACUGCGCGGGCGCUUGUGACUUCCAGAAUCUACUGACGAUUCAGAGCUCGCCAUCUUCCCGACAAAACACCGAGUUUGCAGACGUCCCCUGGGACUUUCAAGGGGGGUCUUCCACAGAAGGCUUCUUCACACAUCCGCUUGUGCUCGAAUGCACCGUUUCUGAUGCGGGCAUCCAGGCGACCAUUCACUCGGACGAGGAUGUCCUUUCAGACUGGCAGACUAAGCGCCUUGUGCAGCAGCUCGAGUCUGUUUUGCAAGCACUUGCCAGUGCCUCCAAGAGCGUCAACACCACUCUAGCCAGCAUCCAAGUCAUCAGUGCCGAUGACCAGGCGCUCAUUGCCAAGUGGAACCGCAUCAACGCCCAAGGAGAUAUUGAGCACGUCGUUGACUCGUGUAUUCACAGUCUCUUCUUGAGAGAGGCUUCCGCACAUCCAGACCGCGUUGGAAUCAGUGCAUGGGAUGCUGAACUCACGUACGGCGAAGUCAAGGAGCACGCGACUCGGUUGGCGUUCCGUCUGAGGCAGCUUGGAGUCGGCCCAGAGACCAUGGUCCCAGUCUGUGUUGAGCGGUCUGCUUGGGCCGUGGUCACGUUGCUGGCAAUUCUUAUGAGUGGUGGCGCAUUUGUGCCCCUGGAUCCCGAUCAUCCUGCUGCUCGACACAAGGAUAUGAUAGAGACAGUCAGCCCACCGUUGCUGCUCUGCAGUCCUGCAUACGCCACCCGGUUCCAGCAUCUCGUCAAGACUUGCCUGUUUGUGGACAGCGACAUUAUCCGCGGCCUCCCUUCGGGUGGCUUAGGACUUGUCAAUAAGAAUGGCGCCCGCCCUGACAACACGGCCUAUGUUCUCUUCACAUCGGGCAGCACCGGGCGUCCGAAGGGUGUCGCGGUUGCUCACGGUGAUUUCUGCUGCAGCUCUCGCGGCUACGCCCGUGCAACCCACAUUAAGUCGUCCUCGCGCGUUCUGCACUUUGCCUCGCUCACCUUUGAUGUCGCCCUGAUGGAGGUGCUUACGCCCCUGACGCUGGGAGGAUGUGUCUGCGUUCCUACAGGAGAAGAGCGGCUGCAUAACCUUGGCGAGGCGAUUGUAAGACUGCGCGCCACAUGGGCAUUCCUCACACCGUCAGUGGCCCAUUUGCUUGACCCUGAUAUCGUCUGCCCUACGCUCAAGACUCUUGUGUGUGGCGGCGAGGCCAUGUUGGCCGAGACUGUCGAGCGCUGGGCUGAUCGUCUGGAGCUCAUGAACGGCUACGGUCCUACCGAAGCGUCAGUGUUGGCUGUUGUGAACCCCCGUGUUUCAAUGGAGCGUGAUUCAAGCAUCAUUGGUCGCGCAACAGGGGCAGCACGUGCCUGGGUUGUGGAUCCUAGAGAGAACUACAAUCAUCAACUGGCACCAGUUGGAGCUGUGGGUGAGCUUGCUAUCAGCGGUCCACUCCUCGCUCGGGGGUAUCUCAAUGACCCUCAAAAGACAGCCAAAGUGUUCAUCGACAGUCCGGCGUGGGGACGUGGCCCUGCUGCUGGAGCCAUGCCCGCCACUCGUAUCUAUCGCACCGGAGAUCUCGUUCGAUACCGACACGACGGUGCUCUGGAGUUCUUCGGCCGCCGAGAUGGCCAGGUCAAGGUCAACGGCCAGCGGAUUGAGCUGGGUGAGAUUGAAAGUCGCCUGUCUGUUGAUGAUCGUGUAAGCCUGGCAUUGGUGGUCCAACCCAAGGCAGGGCCUUGCAAACGACAACUGGUAGGCGUCCUCACCCUUGGUGGUGAUGCUCACAGCCAUCCCAACACUGGCGACAAUCAGAAUGGGGACGAGGUCUCCAUCACUCAAGAUUGCUGCCCAGUUGCGGGUUCCGCUGAUUGUCUUGCCCGAAUUCGCACUGCCAUUGCCGACAUUCGGAGCAACCUCGGAGACUCGCUCCCGCACUACAUGGUUCCUUCUGUGUGGGUUGUUCUUGAGAGGAUGCCUGUGGUAGUGUCGGGCAAGUUGGAUCGAGUCAAGGUGGGAAGAUGGGUUGAGAGCCUGGAUGACGCGGCGUAUGAACGGAUAUCGCACGACUUUGGGCUUGCAGGGGAGGAUGAAGAAGAGAUCGAGGUGACCGGUCCCAUCAAGACUCUGAGAGACAUCUGGGCCAAGGAGCUCAACAUCCCCGCAGAUCGCAUCAAACUGAACAAGGCAUUCCUUAGUCUUGGUGGCGACAGUAUUACGGCCAUGGGCGUGGUCUCGCGUGCCCGUGUCGCCAAAAUCAAACUGUCGAUUCAGGAUGUUCUUCGCUCCAAAUCUAUCGUCCACCUUGUGGAGCUCGCAAAGUUCUCGCACUCGGAGCCAUCUAGCAACCAAGGACCCAAGGCUGAGAGCGGUGAGGACAAGCCAUUCCCUCUGUCACCGAUUCAGACCUUAUACAUGAGCUCUACCACCAAGUACUCAGGCGACGCACGCUUCAACCAAAGCUUCUCUGUCAAUGUUGCACGGCAUAUCACAUCCGACACCAUCAAGCAGGCGAUCGAGUCGAUCGUUGCACGACAUAGCAUGCUACGCGUGCGAUUCAAUAAGACGGCCAGAGGUACCUGGCAGCAACAAGUCCAAAAGGCCAAUGCCUACUGCCUCGUACAACACCGGGUCAAUUCUCGCCGUGAUAUUCCUGCCAUCGUGGCCACGGCUCAGAACAGCUUGGAUAUUGAGAGGGGUCCUGUGUUCCGAGUAGAUGUUUUUGACGCCAUGGCUGAAGACGAGACCAUCAUUUCCAUGAUUGCCCACCAUUUGUGCGUCGACAUGGUCUCAUGGCGUAUCAUCGUCCAGGACCUUGGUCAGUUCUUGGAGACGGGUUCGUUGCCACAGGACGAACGCCUUUCCUUCAAGGAAUGGUGCACCAUCCAAGCUGCCAACACCGCAUCACUUGACAAGGACACUCUCCUCCCCUUCAAAGAGGUCCCAGCUGAUCCCCUGUACUGGGGAGUGAGCAACCCUCUGACAUACGGCACAACGGAGACCAGAGCAUUCUCACUCGACGAGAGAAACACAAAGAUGGCUUUGACUGAUUGCCACAAGACGUUCAGAACGGAGCCAUCUGAGCUGUUCGUGGCAGCUAUUGGCCACGCAUUCUCUAUGAUCUUCCAAGACCGGGUCACACCCACAAUCUACACCGAAAACCAUGGGCGUGAUCAAGCGUCGGAUUCUGAAGUGGACUUGACUCAGACCGUCGGGUGGUUCACGUCGAUCUGUCCCUUGCAUGUUCCGGGCGGGGUUGAUGAGGUAGAUACGGUGCGCAGGACCAAGGACAUGCGACGCAGCAUCCCAGAGAACGGUCGUUCGUACUUUGCCAGGAAAUGGCUGGAUCCUGCCGCCAACAGAGAAAAGUCGACACCCAUGGAGGUCCUUUUCAAUUACCUUGGAGGUGGUGUCCGGAAUGUCGACGAUGCAGACGACUCGAUUGUGAGGGCAGUCGACCUCGCUGACCAUGAAGGGCUAGUAGCCGAUGUGGGACCCCAAACACCAAGGCUUGCUUUGUUCGAAAUUUCCGCCAUUGUGGUAAACAACAAGCUUCAGUUCAGCUUCGUGUACGACAAGGGCCUUCAGAAGCUCAAUGAUGUUCGCCGUUGGGUUGGUCUCUGCAAACAGAGCCUCGAGAAGAUGGUCGCUUCUCUCGUCCAACAGCCGGCAGAGCCAACCUUGAGCGAUUAUCCCCUCCUGACCCCCCUGACGUAUGGUAACCUCCACAAGCUCAGUCAGACCGAGCUUCCACGUCUUGGAGUGCACUCUAUUUCCCAUGUCGAAGACAUAUAUCCUUGUACCCCUGUGCAGGAGGGCAUGUUGAUUGGGCAGCUACGCGAUGUGAACGCCUAUUUCUUCCAUGGCAUCUACGAUGUCAAACACGCUGACUGUCGUCACCGGUUGGAUGCUAACAAGCUCCUGCGUGCAUGGCAAAAAGUGGUCGACCGUCACGCUGCUCUGAGAACCGUGUUUGUGGAGAGUAGCAGACGGGGAGCGGUUUUCGAUCAGCUGGUGCUCAACAGGGCAGACUCGGGUGCUGUGCUGUUGAGGUGCAGUGACGAAGAUGUCUUUGGCCGCCUGAGCCAAGUGACGAUUCACGCGUCUGCCAAACUCCGAAAGUCCAAGCGUCAACCUCAGCUCCCACAUCAACUGACCAUCUGCACGACUCCAAGCGGCCGAGUUGUGAUCAAACUGGAACUCAACCACGCGGCUGUUGAUGGCGGUUCCCUUGCCAUCAUCCUUCAAGAGCUUGCUUCUGCAUACAGUGGGUCUCUCGAGCUCCGUGCAGGCCCUCUGUUCAGCAAAUAUGUCCAGUACAUCCGCAGUCUACCUGCCGGCGCCGACACCGAGUAUUGGAUGACAUAUCUGAAGGGUAUCCGGCCCUGCUAUUUCCCCAAGCUCAUUGAGGAUACUGCCACAGACAGCACCAACGACAGGAGACUCGGCUCUUUGACCCUGCCAUUCGAUCGGUUUUCGGAGCUGCGUCAACUGUCAGAGCAUGCCCACGUCACCCUGGCAAACAUUAUUCACACAGCAUGGGCUUUUGUUUUGCGAAAGUACACCAGAAGCGACGAUGUCUGCUUCGGGUAUCUGACGGCAGACCGCGACGCCCCGGUUGAUGAGAUUGACAAAACGGUCGGGACUCUGAUCAACAUGCUCUGCUGCCGCAUCCAAGUCACUGAAACCCAAGCACUUGAAGAUUUGUUCCGUGCAACUCAAGAUCAGCAUUUGCAGAGCGUGUCGUUCCAGCGUUGCUCUCUCGCCCGGGUUCAGCACGAGCUGGGCCUCGCCGGGAAGCCGUUGUACAACACUUCUAUCUCGACACAGAACCAUGGGAACGGGAACGAUUGGGGACGCGGUGAUGGAAUUCGGCUCGAGAUGGAAAAAGCACACGAUCCCAGUGAAUAUGCUGUCACUGUCAAUGUUGACACAUCGAGAAAUAGCGAGGGUGUGGUCUUUCGGUACUGGACUAAUCACAUCACGGCUGAGCAGGCUGAAGAAAUGGCACAAACCAUGGCCAGCAUUCUCAACGCAUUCAUUUCCCAGACAGCAAAGUCUGUUGCCGCUCUGGACCUGGCCAUCUCACACCGCUCCACUGCCGGAGACCUGGAGCCCGAGAACAUUCCUAGCAGCGGACGGACAUCAUCCAGUGCCGACUCUUUCCAGACUGUCCCGUCGCAAGGACCACGGAGCACUUCGCACAAAACCACACUUCUGACGUUGUGGAGUGCAUUGUUGGACCUUCCACAAGAUUCCAUCAGCGGGCCAGACAGCUUUUUCGAACUUGGCGGUGAUAGUAUCACGGCCAUGAAGCUGGUUGGUGAAGCCAAGGACCAUGGGCUUGCCCUCACAGUCGCUGACGUUUUCCGAAAUCCAUGCCUGGAUGACAUGGCUGCGAGCGCAAGCGCCGCCGAUACGUACGCUUCAGAUGAGUCAACGGCAAACGGGGCCGAUGGAUUCACCAACAUGACAGCCUCCAUGCUUCAGGAUACCCACGAAUACGAGCGAUUCUCCCUUCUGGCGGCAUCCAAUGUUGACGCUUUCCUUCAGACGGACAUUGUCCCUCAAACGGGUGUCUUUAGAGGGGGGUUGUCUGACGUUCUUCCCGCCACCGACUUCCAAUCGUUGGCAGUCGCCGGCUCGCUUCUCAGAUCUCGCUGGAUGCUCAACUACUUCUACUUGGAUGGCGAUGGGCUUGUCAACUUGGUCCGGUUGAAACGAGCAUGCUUCCGUCUGGUGCAGUCCCUGGAUAUUCUCCGGACCGUCUUCGUGCCUUCGGGCGGGCGAUUCCUCCAAGUAGUCUUGCGGACAGUUCGACCAGCCUUCCACGUUAUGGAGGUGGAGAACGAAGAUCAGCUCGAUACUGCUACACAGGAGAUGCAGAGACGGGGUGGAUUUGAAGGAGAGCUCGACGUCGAUGGGGAGACAACACCACGUCUCGGCGAACAGUUCGUGCAGUUUACGGUUCUGCGCUGUCGCCAAAGCACUCGCCACAGAGUCCUCCUGCGGAUUUCUCAUGCCCAAUAUGACGGUGUGUGCUUCCCAAAGAUCCUGGAUGUUCUUGUUGCCGAGUAUCGUGGCGAGUCGGUGGAGCGUCCACCAUCUUUUGCAAAUUAUCUACGUGCAUCUGCUGGCACCUUGACAUCGGAACAUUACCAACACUGGAAGAAGCUUCUUCACGGUUCAUCCAUGACCGAGGUUGUCCGCCGCAUGGGGCCAAACUAUCGGAGAGCCGGGACUGGAGCAACCGCCUGUCUGAAAAAGGUUGCUUAUUUGCCCCUUGUGGACUCGGGACGCGUCACCACCGCAACUGUUGUCAAGGCUGCCUGGGCCUAUGUCCUGGCGCAAGUCUCGGCCAGCAACGAUGUGGUGUUUGGCCACACUGUCAGCGGCCGCAAUGCAUCAGUCGCCGGCGUUGAGAGCAUGAUUGGCCCUUGUCUCAAUCUGCUUCCAGUUCGUGUCAAGUUUGGCACGGCCGGCAGCACAGCGAGGAAGGUUCUUAAUCAGGUUCAGGAGCAGCAAGUUGCGAAUAUGCCACACGAGGUUCUUGGCUUCCGUGAGAUUGUUCGCCAUUGCACCAGCUGGCCUCGCUGGACCUACUUCACCACCACAGUCCAACACCAAAAUGUCGACCAAAGCACUCAUGUGAGACUUGGCAAUGUUGACUACCGCGUGGGGUGCGCAGCAGGUGCCGACGAAGACUUUUCUGAUCUCUCUAUCUUCUCACAGCGAGCGGAAAGUGAUGGAGCUGAUAUGUACGAGAUGAUGCUCAGCUUUGCCGAAGACGGCCCAGUUCCCCGCGAGUUUGCUGAGCGCGCAUUGGACAUGCUCUGCAGCGCCGCAGAAUUGUUUUGCGCCAACCCUGAUACACCACUGCCGUCGGACACUGAGAUUUCUGGUGCCGCUCAUCAGUUGCCGUUCAACGAUAUUUCCACACAAGACAACGACGAGGAUACUUUUGCUGUAUCCCGCUUGCGACAUGUCAAGAAAAGCCAGAUCGACAACCUCUCCACACUGGUCAAGAAGGCUUGGUUCCAGGUACUGAGUCUGCCAGCGACUGACGAUACCAUUAAUAUGGACACAUCUUUCUUCGCCGUCGGAGGAGACAUUGUUGAUCUUGCGCAGGUAGCAUUGCUACUGGAACAAAAAGGUCUGCCGGAGCCCAGGUUGGAGGAUUUGAUUGACCAUGCCACCUUGAGGGGUCACAUGGCUGUCGUUGCUUCUCUAUCUGGCGUGGUCUCAACUACCGAUGACAGGAGAACCACUACGGCUGGGCACCAGAGUGACAGAGCUAGCAUUUUGACGGUGCCUAGUGUCCAUCAGGACGACAACUCGUUUGCCAAGGUGGUGAAUAUUGUGAGGAUGGCGAAGAAGUUCAUGGUUAAGCCUAAGGCUAAAGGACAGAGGGUGCACGCUACUAUUUGA